AUGCCACCAAAGCAAGAGGCAGCAUCACUUCUCGACGACUUUCACUUUCGACGCUUAGAAAAUAGAACUGUGAAACUAAAAGACUGGGCUUUCACCAUCUUUGGUGACGACGACCGACACUGUUGCCUAGGACCGGUUACCGAUGGAUUGCCAGCAGAUUGCGCCAUAGCCGCCGCUGGUGACGGUAGUGGUGGUGAGUUGAAAGUGAAAAGCAAAAGCGAAGUGAAAUGA